ACGAUACGCCGAAGCAAGAUGGCUGAUGCUGCGGCCGGGGCCAGUGGUUCCGGAACGAGAUCAGGAAGUAAACAGUCUACCAACCCUGCUGAUAACUACCAUCUGGCCCGGAGGAGAACGCUGCAAGUGGUAGUGAGCUCCUUGCUGACAGAGGCAGGAUUUGAGAGUGCCGAGAAAGCAUCUGUGGAAACCUUGACGGAGAUGCUGCAGAGCUACAUCUCGGAAAUCGGGAGGAGCGCCAAGUCUUACUGCGAGCACACAGCCAGGACCCAGCCCACGCUGUCAGAUAUCGUGGUCACACUGGUUGAGAUGGGUUUCAAUGUGGACACUCUCCCUGCUUAUGCAAAACGGUCUCAGAGAAUGGUCAUCACUGCACCUCCAGUGACCAAUCAGCCAGUGACUCCCAAGGCCCUCACUGCAGGGCAGAACCGACCCCACCCACCGCACAUCCCCAGCCAUUUUCCUGAGUUUCCUGAUCCCCACACCUACAUCAAAACUCCGACGUACCGGGAGCCUGUGUCUGACUACCAGGUCCUGAGGGAGAAGGCUGCUUCCCAGAGGCGUGACGUGGAACGGGCACUCACCCGCUUCAUGGCCAAGACAGGCGAGACCCAGACCCUUUUCAAGGAUGAUGUCAGCACGUUCCCACUGAUCGCCGCCAGGCCUUUCACAAUCCCCUACCUGACGGCCCUGCUUCCCUCUGAGCUGGAGAUGCAGCAGAUGGAAGAGACGGACUCCUCGGAGCAGGAUGAACAGACAGACACAGAGAACCUUGCUCUUCACAUCAGCACGGAUGAUUCUGGAGCCGAGAAGGAGAAUACUUCUGUCCUGCAACAGAACCCUGCCUUGUCAGGCAGCCGGAACGGGGAGGAGAGCAUCAUCGAUAACCCCUACCUGCGGCCUGUGAAGAAGCCCAAGAUCCGCAGGAAGAAGUCUCUCUCCUGAGCUGAGAAGGAAGCCUGGCCUGUAAGGGAUGUGGUCAACACCUUCCUGGGGAAUGGAAGCACUAGAGGGAAGAUGAGAGGGUGAAGUCCUUAUGCCCUGCCAAGGCUGCAGGGCAUAAGCAGCAUAAUUUUAGUAGCAAACCUUCUAUAAAAGUACCUGUUUUGCCUAGAUAUUUGGGUUGAGGAAGAAAGCAUGCUAACAGGAUUAAUUCAUCCACUGGCCACUGUGUUGUGAACUGGGGCAGGGGGACUGCUGGUGACUUCAUUGAUUAUCACAGGACUUGAUUCCUUUGAAACCUGGAGGGCUGGGAAAGGUGGUAGGGAAGAAAAAGCUCUCUGCUGUUCCGCAUCCUGCCAGGAAGACUCAGCUCUGUUUUUUAGGCUGUCUGGAUCUCCUUGAUUGACUGAAAAAACUCAUGGCACAGAUUUGUCAACCCAGAACCUCAUUCUCAUCUCUCCUCACCUGGCCUCUAAGCUCCCUUUGAGCUGAUGGAAAGCGAUUGUGUAUUUCUCAUCAUGUUGGAAACAGGCCUGCACCACAGCUUUGAUCUGGAGCUGCCAGGAUCCAAGAGUGCAAGUAUUAAUGUAGUAGACAGUGACUGUCAGGCCAGUGCUGGUUCUCUGGCCAUUAUUUGAUACAAGCUCCCCACAGCGGGGUCAUCCCCAAUAUGUGUGACUUACCCCCUUCUGGAAAGCAGGCUUCCUUGAUGAGCUGGACUGUAGUUAGUUAUGCUGGGACUUGUUAGAGGAGCCUUGGAUUCUAAGCACUAGCAAGAGGACUAAGUGGGUGGGAGUAGGGUUUGGAGGAGUGACCUGGGCUUUGUAGUCCAAAGGCUGAGGAUCCCAGCUGGCCUGCUGGAAGGUUGGGUUUCCAGUCCCGGUGUUCUCCAAGAAGCAAGUCUGCAUCUGUUCACCUGCCACCUCCUGGGAGGACAGACUUCAUCCCUCUUCGACCCCAUCAGCCAUGACAUGCACUUCCAAGGAACACACCGGGCAAGCCAAUAUCCUUUAACUAGUCUUAGAAGGAUUAGAAAACCAAAUCCAAGGAGAAAACUGGUAGGGACACCUGGAAGUUGACAUAAGAGAAGUUGUUCCUUGGAUUAGAAUGCUGAGGCCUAUAUUUAAUUUAUUUCUAACCAUACUUGACUACUAUGUAGUGGCAGCAGCAGCUGCUCUUCCUCCUCCUCCUCCCCUUCUUCUUCUUCUUCCUGUCUCUUUCUCUCUCUCCCUCUAUCUCUGUCUUCCUCUCUUUCUCUCUGUCUGCCUGUCUCCCCCUCCUGCCCCCUCCGUUUUUUUUUUUGGAACUGGAUCUCACUGUAGCCCAAGCUGUCCCAGAACUCUAUGUAGCCCAGCUGGCCUCAGACUCCCAGCGACCUCCUGCCAUAGCCUCCCCAGUGCUGGGAUUGUAGAUGUGAGCCAUCUCACCUGGCUUCUGCAGUCAUCUGAUCUGUUCUCUUGAUGAACUUGAACUUGUUGGCUUGGCAAGGAUACUGCAUUCCUCAGGCCUCACCAUUCUCUAGGGCACUCGGUCCUUUUGCCUGGAAGAAAAGAGCUGUUUGUCUAGAAUCAAAGAGGGGACAAUCAUGAGAAAAUGAGAUUCCCCAUCUCUGGACCAAACAGGAGUGUUUGCAUAGUGACUAGAACUGUUCCAGUGAAAGCAGGAGAAGCCUUUGUGGACUCUGGGAGCUUGUGAUGCAGUGGCCACUCAUGGCCUGGUCAGUUGAAAUACAGUCCCAGGGUCAGGCUCCAGGGUCCCAGCUUGCUGUUCCCACUGGUUCUGGGAGCAGACACCCCAGUCUGUCUGUCAGCUUGUCUGUACUUCCUCUACCAUCAUCAGUGUCCCAAACCAGCACCUGUCAAGUUUGCUGUGCUAAGGGGUGAGCUGGGGUGGGAGGAGGGCCUGCUGCCCUCAGAGCUCACUGCUGUGAUUCCUGGAAGGGAGAUAGAUACUGGGAGAGGGACGACAUGGACAGCCUGAAACAUGGAUGCUGUUUGUGUUGAAAUUGCAUAAUUCCCAAUGUAUAUUUAUAAAUUUCUAUUUUUUAUAAGUUUGGGGGCUUCUUUGAAGGAAAAAUAAGCAGUUAAAGUGUGAUUUAUGAAAAAUCCCUUAAUAAAAGUCCAUAAUAAAAACUUUGUAAAUAAA